AGACGCAUCACUACCCAGAAUGCAUUGCGAAACGCGGUUGCCUGAGGAACGUAUGCUAGUUGGGCUUUGGAUAUGAGGUGCAAAUCCUCAGAAAACUGUUUGGCGGGAUGCCUAGUUUGCAAGAUGAUUCAGGCGCCAUUCCUCAGUCCAUGAUGGAAGCUCUAGAGUUGUUCUGUACCUUACCAGAGCAGUCAUACGAGCAGUUCCUGUCCACAUUUACACACCUGAGCACAGAGAACGUGACUGCUGGAUGUUUAAAGUUUCCUGAAGAAGAAAGCAAAACCUGUCUGGUAGAGCUGAACGAUAUGAACAUGGACAGAAAGGUUGACAAAGAGGAUGGGACUGAAGACUUGAAUAACAUGGAAGAAGUGUGUGUGCUUCCUGGAGAAGUUGAGGAAGAUUCACCAGCCUACACUCCUGCUUUCUGUCACCGCACACAGCUUGAGCUCUUCUCUACUGACAUGGACCAUACGACACACACACUGAGCAAUACAGAUAGCCAGAGCGAAACUGAGGAGGUUGUGCCUUUCAGUCUGGAUGACACCUUCGAUUAUGACAAUGUUGCACUGUCUCACAAGUAUCCUGUUAAAUCCAGCAACUGUGGAUUCAUGAUGACCCAUAAGUGCCCACUCUCGGACAAUGUAACAGCACAGAAGUUGCCAAGUAAACAAUAAAAAGGGCAGUCAUUAAGAUAUUUACAACACAUAUUAAAGGAGAACAUGACGUGCUUUGUUUUGAGCAUACUCAACUGGCAAAUCUUUCCUGGAUGUCCUUUUUUAAAGAGUGUACCCAAUAACCAUUCAGCCCACAAAUAGAAGCAAUGGUGUGUUUGACAUGUUGUUGCUCUAAUCAUAUGUAUUAGCACAGAGCAUUUUCAACAAAAAGUCAUCUGUACAUAAAAAGCCCAGGGCACUGCAAACAACCAGACUACAACGGCAAUGUCUCUUUUCCGUAUGUGAGAAACUGUAGUUGCUUCUUUGGGCGACCCACUGAGUACACUCUUGGGAGAGCAAUUAAAUACAUGCCGUUACAGGAAGCAUCAUACUGUGCUUUAUUCACUGGAACAAAAGACUUUACGUUUUUUUUUUCUUUUCCCCCUUUGUAAGCAUUUGAAAACCAGAUUAAAAGCCAUGUAUUUCA